AUGUCCAUGACGACGACGACAGACGGCGGCGACAGCAUGCGCCGCAGCGCUGUGCGCAAUCCCAAGCGACGACCUCGAAUCACCGAAGGCUCAAACAGCCCGAACGGUCGCCAGCCCAAGAGGAGCAAAUUGAACAAACACGUCGAUGCACCACAAACCCUCGACACGACCGAGUCUCUUCGCAGUGGUCUUAGUGCGCUCGCUGUCCAGACCUCGGCCUCGUUCUCGCGCACAGGGGACGCCGGAACGCGCCACAAGAGACCGCUAAAGCACGACAACAGCACUCUCUUGGCGCAAACAGACCAAUACAGCGUGCGCCAUCUUCCCAGCACACCAGACAUUCUGCGCAACAGCGCCAGCGACUAUCGUGCCUCCAUCCUCUCAUCACCGACCCUCGCUCUAGCUGUCACCCGUGAACGCGCAUACAUCUGGGACUACACUUCGCCGACCCCUGUGGCCCACCCCAAGACAUUUGAUGUGCCUCGACCAGCUCGUUCUACCGAUCCCCUCCCACUUGCCGCCCUUGUCACAUCUCCCACGCGAGACGUCGGCCUGUUAGUGAUAUCUGCUGUCACCGGCAAUGUCACAUACUGGCAAAACAUCAACACAGCCGAGUCAUUGACUCUGUUCAAUCAACAAAACACAGCUGUCAGUGGAAAUAUUGGUUCUCUUUCUAGUGGAGAAUCUGUCAUUCGCCUCGACUCGGCCGAUCAUGCUGGAUUCAUAGUCACCCUGAGCUCUGGCCGUAUUGCUCAGAUGAGCUUAAUCGACGACCAAGGAAAACCGAAGAUCUCAGCACAUUUCUUACGCUCAACCGAGGCAGCCAAUAGUGGUGGUCUGUUUGGCAGUCUCAAGAACGUCCUUGGUGUUGGUCCGUGGAAACGUGAUAUCGUCUCGGUUCGCACUCGCCCGCUCCCUGCUAGACGCGAGAUCCAGGCAGUCGCCGCUACCGAGACUGGCCAAGUCUACACCUGGCACCUCGCUUGGUCUGGUCAGCCCACGUUCAGAGGGGCUUUCGAUUUCCGUCAGUUUUUGCAAAACGAGUUGGCUAUGUCCUUGGGCGAGAAUAACAUCAGUCUGCUCGACAUGGUCAUUACUCCUGCUUGUUCGGCUGCAGAUGCCAAGCUGCAGAUGAUUCUGUUUGUUCAGGCUGGCCCUGCCUCAUCUCCAUCGUACGCCAUGGCUCAAGUGACGAUGGAGAGCGAAGAUGGCGCUCGUCUAGAUGGCAUCAUCCGAAUCAACACCGUGUCGCCUGACUCACCCGCCACGUCACGUCCACGACUGCUCUUGCCCAAUCCUGGACACACUGCUUUCAUUGUCUUCGAACACGAGGUUAUAGUCGCUUCUCUCAAGGGUUCCUUCCAAGAUGCUAUUCGACUACGCGCGGAUAAGCACGUCACAAUAGAAGGGGCUUGCGAGGAAGAUCUAAUCGACUCAAAAGGCACCUCUUCGUGUGCUGUAUUCAUCAAGGGCCAUGGCCUCGCUCGUAUAUCUGCCACACCGACGGACGCAGCCCACCCCUCGACAAAGACGAAAAUCGAGCAGGCCAUCUUCUACGGAACCAUGUCUGACAAUGUCCUUGACUUUUCGCGCAGACCACACGAUCGCUACGACAUAGAAGAGACUGAAGCAGCUGCACUAUCCAUUAGUGGUGAGAUUCUGCGCUCAACUUCGCACUUCAUUCCACCUCUUACCUCAUCUAUGGAGGCACAUCUUCAGAAUCGCAUCAAAGCCAUCCGUGCUUUGAUCCUCCACCUCCGCAGCGACUAUCCUCCUGUAUCAAGGCCGACAUCAUGGAAGCUUCUGCUCGAUGCAGAGAAGCUAGCCGCCGCUCAAGCCAUCUGGGUAGCCUGUGAGGAGCGCUCGUCCAAGUCCACUCUGCUACCUCUCGUUGUUCAGGCUUAUUACAGAUUGCAAUUCAAGCAGCGGUCUGUCGACGCCAGCGCUGACCCAAUGAGAUCUUGGUUCGUUGACGAAGUCGCCAACAUCGACAAACUGCGUAAUCUCGUUCUGUUAUUGAUCAACAACGUCCACGAGGAUGGCAAGUCCAAGAACAUAAUGCAGCUCAUCAGCGAAGCCAACGACAUUCUCUUCAGUCUCUACGACGCCGUGUUCAGUUUCCGCACCGACAACGCCGAGGUCUAUGGUAUGGAUCUGACUUUGUUCAGCGACGGCGUAUUGGAAGAAGGCUACGAGGAACUCACAGAACCGUGGACUUCGCAGUUCGAUGUACUCAAGUCGGUGAACAGAUUCAUCGACAUCUCUCGCGAACAUGCGGUCAAAUCCUUUGGCGAGGACGCCAGGACUUCGGAUGUGGCGACUGUUGACAAAGUCGUCAGCGAGAAUGUUCGUAUGGUCAAUGUGCUUUGCCUCUGCUACAGAGAGCGCAUCGCUUACACCAGAGUGCACAAUGAAGAGAACAGCCCUAGCUAUUCCAUCAGCCUCGGAAAGAUUUUUGAACAGGCUCGGGCACACCACUUGCGCUCUCUUAACAAGAUCGGCGAGUCUGCUGCUGGUAUCAGUAUCGCUGAGAAGUACGGAGACAUGCAAACGCUGGUGCAGCUGGUCAUCGAGGAAUCUCAGUUCAUGUCCAACAUCUUGAACGAUCCUGGCACUGUUUCUCAAGAUAGGACUGAGACGCGAGCCAACAUGGACAAAUUGCAAAGCAGGGUAGAAGGUUACUUCAAGACGUUCGGUGAGCAGUGGGCAAAUGCUUUCUUCGACAACCACCUUUCAAGCCAUCGCAGCUACGGGUUAUUAAAGGAAGCGGAAGACUUUAGAGAGCCUCUAACACGCUAUCUCAGAGCUGAGAAGGUUCGAGGUCGGUUGUCCUGGAUCAACGAUGUACUCCGUGAGAACGACUUCCAGGAGGCCUCGACGACCUUGACAACCUUGGCGGAAGAGAAAGAGAUCAAAUUCUGGAACAAGAAAAUCGAGCUCUCGCUCGCAAAGCUGACAUCAAUGGCCGCCACGGAGGGACAGAGCGGCAAAGGAAACCUGGAACGACUCGAUGGUGACCUGACGGUGGUCAACACACAAGAAGCCAUCAAACAGCACCUGCAAUACAUUCUGUAUGCCGCAGUCGAUAUCGAGGCAGAGGUCCAAAUAGCAUGCGAUACGUAUGCGGCAUACCUCCAGCUCAAGACUCCAGCACUGUAUGGCCUGCUCGAAGCGUCAUUUAUGCAUAUGCUUAGGAAUGAAGCUUUGUCAGUGGAGGAGCUGAUUGACAUUUUGACUCUCAUGGACACGAAGGAAAGCGAAGAUUCCGAGGUCAACAUCGUGGGCAAGCAGUUCCUGAUGGCGUUGCAAGUGCUAGAAGCUGGCAAGAGCAGAAUGGAGGAAGCUCGAUUCGAGACAAACCUCCGUAUGAUCUGGAAAAGAUGCUACCUGCAAGACGACUGGGAAUUCAUCAACAACACGAAGAAGCGAACGGACAAGCUGAUCUCGAGGCACAUCAGAGAUACAUUUGCGUGCCAAACCAUGAUGCGUGGGCUAGAAUUCUCAUUGUUCCACCCAGGCUCAGGCAUCCGCAUGAUGGCACCCAGCGAGACACUGGGGGCAGGAUGCACGGCAGGAGAGCUACAAAGCAGGUUCCCCGGCGAAGAGCUUCGUGACCCGAUCAUGCAUGACAAUCUGAUCCAAGACAGGCAGUUGCAGGAGCUGAUCGGAAAAUGUAAUGCUGAUCGUUGGCAUGCUGUGUGCGUAGAAGAAGCCAAGAAGAAGCUGGAGGAGGAAGUAGCGGCGAGUGUACAGGAAGAGGCAGCUGCGCAGCAACUGAAACAGACGUUGGAGGAAGCGGAGAAGGACGGUGCCGAGACGAAGGCGGACACGGACGCACAAAUGGAGGGAGGCGAGUCAGAGCAGCAGACUGCAGAUGACGGCGAUGUAGAAAUGGCGUAG